UAUGUAUUCAAUUAUCGUUUAUAAAAUGAAACAAAAAAAAUAUAUCUUAUUUUUAUCUAUUUUAUAAUAAUAAUAAUUCAUGUUAAAGUAAAAAUAUUAUAUUGAAUUAAAUAUGAUAAAUUAUAUUAAAUUGAUAAAUUUAUAAUUUUAUUUUCAUAAAUAUAAAAUAUUUAUGCUAAAAAUAUAAUAUGAUGACAUAACCAUUUAGCAUUCGCAAACUAUAUGAUAAAUGUAUAAAAAUUGACAUAUCUUAGAUUUUUGUAUAUUCAAAGAAUAUAUUUUUAAAAUGAAUAAAUGUAAAAAAAUAUUGAUAUAAGGAAAUACGACUUUGAAGGUUGGCGGGUCAGAAUUGAAUAUAAAUUUGAUACAAAAUAAUUUUCAAAUAUGUUGUUUCAUGUAUAUAUUAAUUUGCUUAGUAACAAAAUCUAAAUACAGUAACAUAAUAUAUAAUAAGAAGUGACAAAUAUAUAUGAUAGUUUUAUACUAUUGAUUGUUACACCAUGUAAACUAUAAAAUUCUUAUAUUUGAAACAUGUAUAUAAAUAUUUAAAUAUAUGGUUAACGUUAAAAUUAUAUACCACUAAUGAACUCAAAUAAAUGUAUAUAUAUAUAUAUAUAUAUAUGUUUUUAAAACCGAAAAAACAUCCGCGCGGUUCAAGAUCUAGUAUUUAUUAAAAUUAAUACAACUACACAUAUUACUCUAACUAGUCUUUGGAAGUGCACGGCCGACACAAUAGACAAAACAUUUCAACAAGUAACGUUUGGUCCACUCCCGUCAACUUCACCAAUUUGCUAAUAAUUUGAUAAUUAUAGUUUUUGUCCACAGUCAACUAUGCAUAUCAGAACUAGUGGGCAUUACUAUUAAAUUAUGUCAGUUAUCAUAAGAAUUGGUUUAGAAUUCAUUUAAAAUAUCGUAGAUUCUUUUCAGUAUUGUAAAUAGGGAACUAUUUCUUUUCUUCUUUCUUAAAAAAAUAUAGGCACUAUUUCAAUAAACGUUAAUACAUUUUUCGAAAAGUUAAGCAUACAAAAAUAUAGACAAACUUUGUUAUUCUUGCAUGAUUCAUGUGCACAAUAAUUGCUGAGCACAUCUAUACUAUUAAAAGGAAAGGAUUUUUAAAAAAUCUACUUAAAAAAAAUUAUUGGACAAUUUCAUUAAACUUAACUAUUUUUUUAGUCUUACUUUAUAUUUCUCUAGCUAUAUAAAUACUUUACAUAAUUUAAAUGAACUCUUUUAUUAUUUUUUCAUAAUCUAUUAUAUAAUUAAUCUAACAAUAAAUCUUCAUGAAUAUAUGACAGAUUAUUCAAACAUGUUUACACAUGAUGUAAUCAUUUCCACAUAUAGUUCCAUUAAUAGUAUAAAUUUUUGAAUGGUUUAGUUAUGUUUAAUAUAGGUUAUAGUGGAGAAUCCUCUGGUGUAUAACAAUUUUUUUUUAAUUUUUACAUGAAUUGAAAACUAAAACCUUUAAUGUCAACUAUUCAACUAUGAAACAUUAAUUUAAUUAAUUACAUGCAAUCAAUUAUUAAGAUUUGAUCUUAGAUUAACUAAAUGAUUAAUUUUAUAGUAAAAAAUAUCAAAUGGGUCUAAACGGGUUGGCAAUUUAAGUGGAAUUAGUAGCAAAAGAAAGACUAGUUUAAAUAGAACAUGUUUAUUUAUUUUACAAAUUCUAACAAUUCAUAUGAUACGUUUUAUUGAAUUUUCACAAAUAUAAAAUAUCUUGCGCUUUAAAUCGGAUAGUUUAGGUUUUUUGAAAAAAAUAUAUAGGAUAAAUAAUUAACUAUCAAUUAUUUGAAUAAAAAAUAUUUGAGUCAUUAAUUUUUUUUUGCAUAAUUUGGUUUAUAAAUUGUAUUUUUAGGAUAUUUGGUUAUUUAGAAAUUAAAUAUAAAAGGUAUAUAAUUUGUAUUUAAAAAAUUUAAGUACUCAUUUGGUUCUCAGUUUGGUUUCUAUUUUUUGGUUUUACAGAUAUAUGAUAUGCUCAGUUAUUUAUGAAAUUCAGGUUAAUUUUAUUUUUUUCAGCUUGAUACAAUUCAGUGCGUCCGGGUAAAUGUACUCAAACCUAUAGAUUAUCUUAUAUAUAAAUUAUAUAAAAAGAAUUUAUUUUAAUUUUAAAAAUCAAUGUACGCUUCCUAAGCGUGGAUCAAAAUCUAAUAUUAUAAUUAUACGGCAUUGAACAAUACAACAAAUGAACAAUAAAUUAAUUUACAGACAAAAAUAUGACGAUUUUAAUUCUAGUUAGAUUUCUGACUAAUUGAGACGAAAUCAAAACUAAAUUAGGAAAUGACACGUUUAAUUAAGGACUAAUUAGAGUAGAUGUUACGUAUAAGAUUAAAAAAUCCGUUCAAUGUGCUCAAUAGGACAUGUUCAAUGUUUUAAAUGUGUUUUAUUUUUUUGUUGUGGGUUGUGAAUACGAGUAAUGUACUCAAUAUUGUAAUAGGACAUGUUCGUGAUAGCAAGUAUAUAAUAAUAGGAGUAUUAUUCAGAUCAUUUUUUAUUUUCACAUAUCUUCGUAACAAUUUUUUAUCAUAUUUACUCUUUUGAGAAGGUAUAAUAAAAUGUUAUUCAUUAUUUUGUGAAAUAGAAGUUUUUAUAAUUAAAAAAAAUUUGUAAAGAAAAUAAGUUGUUGAUUAUCUUUUGCUUUUUUUUAUUAAGUAAUUCAGUUACAAGGAGUGGAUGAGGAUGACACAACUUUGGUCAACUAGUUACAACGUAACUUUGAAAAAGACAUUCCACGUAAAGACUAAUCAACCUUUGUCAUCUCUCCCGACAUGGCCGUACAAAUCUAAUCCUUUUCCUCAAGCCUUUUAUCCAUUUUCUUAUUACAAAAAGAGAAACCUAUUUCUUUGGUACACUAUAAAUACUUAUAACCUUUCUUUAAGCUCUGAAUCUCAGCAACUAAAUCAAUCACACAAUAAAACAAAAUAAAAACAAACAAAAUGGGAAACUGCAUAUGUGUAAUAAACAAAACAACGACAGAGAGAAGAAGGAGAAGAGGAUCCACCGUGUUCCAUGACGACGACGUGGUGGAAGAGAAGCUGCUCGGGGAAACAAGUAACGUGUCGUCAUCAAGCUCUUCAUCCACGUGUGGAGGAAGAGAGAUUAAGAUAAAGAUGACGAGGAAAGAAUUUGAAGAUCUCAUGAGAAACAUUAGUUUGGAGGGAUUGACGGCGGAAGAGGUUUUUUCUAACUUUCUUUCUGACGGGGGAGAUCAAACCGGAACCGCCGCUGAUCAAUCCAAUGAUCACCAACGGCCGUGGAGACCAGCGUUACAGAGCAUCCCUGAGAUUGAUUAAUGUUUUUGUUUGGUGAAUUGAUUAGAAAAAGCUGAGUUUAAUCACUUAAUCAGUGAUCUUAGCUAAUUAAAAAUUAUGUACAUGCUUGUUUUGUAAUUAUCUUUUCUUUUCCAACAAAAUACAUUUGGAUGCAACAUCCAGAUGCUCAUAUAUUAGAAAUUUUGUUUGAAUAAUCUAAUAUUAUUUGUAAUGUUUUUCCAAUUGUUUAUUGUAAAUAAUGUUUGUAAUGUUCUGUUUGAAUGCAAAAUUAACUCCAUCUUCUAAAAGAA